GUGUGUUUUUCAUUUCUCUCUCUGUCACUCUCUCGUGGUAAGCUCUCAACAAGCAGACGGCCCUAAUUUUUUUUUUCCUUUCCAGUUCUCUUCUUCCUCUGCCUAUUAGGGGUGGCUUUAGGUCAUUUUUUUUCUUCCUAAAAUCACCUUUCUGCAUUUUUUUCUUUGUUUUUUAAUCUAAAUAAGUGAUUUUCACAUAUAUAUAUAUAUAUAUAUAUAUAUAUAUAUAUAUAUAUAUAUAUAUAUAUUGAGUCUUUUAGUUGUUUCUUUUGUAUUUGUGAUUUCGCCGAGUGCAGUGUUUGUGUUAGUCGUCGUCUUGGUACGACGUUGUUUGAUUUUCCAUCUUGUUGCGGUGUUCGUUUAAUUCAUAUCGAAAGAUCAUCUUCAAUUAAUUGCAGAUUCAAUUAAUGAUUUGGGCAUCAACGUUGGAAUUCCGGAAGCAUAGACAUUCCGGUGACUUUAAUUUUAUCAUAUUAUUUAUAGGCAUUUUGCUGUUGUAUGCUACUAACUUGGAUGUUGUGAGUUUAUUCGCAAAUUCAUCCAUUUUAUUUUUAGCGAUGUUGAAUUUGUAUUUGUAUAAGAUGUAUUCUAUUGAUUAUUUGAAUGAAUGAAUAUAAUAGACCAGUAAUACUUUUCAAUGAGUGAUGUAAAUUUCACUUGAGAAGUUUUUUAAGGGAGAGGAUCCAUCCACUCCGAUGUUCACAUAAAUUCACAUUAAUGAGUUUUAUCAUCAUUCACAUUAAUGAGUUUUAUCUUUGGUAUCUUUGGUUGGUACGGUGUGCAAUCGAUCACAGAUAUCUUUGGUUGGUGAAAGUUGUGGACACGAUUUCUUUUAAGGUUAGUAGUAAAAGAUAUCUUUAGUUCGUAAGUAUCUUUCUGGUAUAAAGUUGUGAGUUGUCGUAUUAAUUUUCUAAUUUUACAUUCAUUUAUUUCACUAUUUAUUUUCUCUUUUCAAAUAAAUUUAAAUUUAGGAUAACACACUCUUCUUCUCUCCAUUAAAUUUUACCGAAAAUGUAAAGUGGAGUUAUUGAAAAAAUAAAGGUAGGACUAUAAUUGAUAAAUUGUACCCUAAACUGUUAAAACUUAAAGAAACGAAGGACUAAGUGUUUGUUUGAGUCACGUUUAGUUGCUCAUAAUUUCUGUAAUAUAGUGACUGAUAGUGAUUGACAUUGUCUUCUUCUUCUUUCUUCUUCUUUAUAUUGUGCUUUCUUCUUUAAUUUUUUCCAUAAAUUAAUUCACUUAUUCUCUGCUCUACUUUUCUACUAAAUAAAUGUCAAGCUUGAAAGGUGAAAUCAAUGUUGACAAAUUAUUACAUGUAGCUGUUUUAGCAUUUCCAUUUGGCACACAUGCUGCUCCACUUCUUAGCCUUGUGAAAAGAAUUGCAAGAGAAGCACCAAAAGUUACAUUUUCAUUCUUCAGCACAACCAAAUCAAAUGCAACAUUAUUUUCUAGCUCAAAUGAGUUUCUUCCAAACUUAAAACAUUAUAAUGUUCAUGAUGGGUUACCACAAAAUUAUGUGCCUUCAGGACACCCACUUGAACCAAUUUUUCUCUUCAUUAAGGCAAUGCCAGAGAACUAUAAGUGUGUUAUGGAUGAGGUUGAGGCUGAGACAGGGAAGAAAAUUACAUGUUUGGUUACUGAUGCAUUUUAUUGGUUUAGUGCGGAUCUAGCUGAUGAGAUGCAUGCAAAAUGGGUUCCUCUGUGGACUGCAGGGCCUCACUCUCUCCUUGCUCAUGUUUACACAGAUCUUAUCAGAGAAAAGAUAGGCUCCAAGAAGGAAGACCAUGAUGUCAAUGUUGAUUUCCUUCCUGGUUUUCCUAAGCUAAAGACUUCUGAUUUUCCUCAAGAGAUAGUAAAUGAUAUAGAUGGACCAUUUGCAACAAUGUUACAUAAAAUGGGACUAGAAUUACCAAGAGCAACUGUAGUUGCCAUAAAUUCAUUUUCAACAGUACACCCUCUUAUUGAGAAUGAGUUGAAUUCCAACUUCAAAAUGCUACUAAAUGUUGGUCCAUUCAUCUUGACAACACCACAACCUAUUAUUGCUGAUGAACAUGGUUGCAUAGCAUGGUUGAACCAACAUAAGAAUUCUUCAGUUGUGUAUAUUAGCUUUGGAAGUGUAGUAAUACCACCACCUCAUGAACUCACUGCUUUGGCAGAGUCUUUAGAAGAAUGUGAAUUUCCAUUUAUUUUGGCCUUUAGGGGUAAUCCAGAGGAAAAUUUGCCAAAGGGGUUUGUGGAAAGAACAAGAACAAAAGGAAAAAUUGUUGCAUGGGCUCCUCAAUUGGAAAUCCUUAAACACUCAUCAGUUGGUGUGUGUUUGACACAUUCUGGUUGGAAUUCAGUGUUGGAUUGCAUUGUUGGUGGUGUACCAAUGAUUACUAGACCAUUUUUUGGAGAUCAGAAGUUGAAUGCAAGAAUGAUUGAAAGUGUUUGGGAGAUUGGUGUGGGUGUUGACAAUGGAGUUUUGACUAAAGAAUCUACUUUGAAAGCUUUGGAAUUAACUAUGUCAAGUGAGAAAGGAAAGAUUAUGCGGCACAAGAUUUUGAAACUUAAGGAGUUUGCUUUGGAAGCUGUUCAACAAAAUGGUACCUCUGCCAAGAAUUUCAAUACUUUGACACAAAUUGUCACUUGUUGAAGAUUUUUAAGAUCACUUUGGAUUGUUGUUUAUAGGUUGCUAAUAAAUUGGGUCAUUAGAAAUAUGAGCCUGUGUUUGUUUCAUGGCUUAUUCUUGAGAUUCAA